AUGAACGCUGCAUACCCGUUCAACAAGGCGGCUGCAGACGCCAUCCUCCGCUCGUCCGACAAUAUCGACUUCUGGGUGCGCAGGAGCAUACUCGCAGAAGCUUCGUGCAUUUUCGAGGACAUGCUCAGCAUUCCCCAACCCCCUCCCGGUGCGCUCGACGACGAAGACACCAAGGACGGACUCCCCGUCAUCCAUCUGACCGAGGGCAGCCAGGCGCUUGACAAGCUUCUCCGACUAUGCUACCCCAUCGACGACCCGGAGUUCAACUCCCUCGACGAGCUGCGGCCCGUUCUCGAGGCCGCGAUGAAAUACAUGAUGGAAGAAGCAACGUCGCUCCUCCGCGCCCGCCUCGUCAAGCUCGGCCACUCCCAGCCGCUCCGCGCCUUCGCCAUCGCGUGCGCACUUGACCUCACCCCUGAAGCGGAGUCGCUGGUUCCGCUAGCGUACACUGCGCACUGCGCCUUUGUCGACGAACUGAAAGACAUCUCCGCGGGCGUGUACUACCGCGUUUCGCACUACAUGGCCAAGUGC